UUUUUUCACUAACCUAUAUUCAUGAUAUUAUUUAACUAAGGGAUAUUACUCUCUAAAAACAAUAACUUAAAAUGGCGGAUCCUAUGGAAGUCAAAACAUUACCGAUAGAAAAUGUAACUUUAAACCAGUUAUCAGAGCUUCAAAAUUUACUACAUGAAUGUUUAUUGUGUUCUAAGGAUGAAGACACUAUUGAGCUGCUUCGUAAAUGCGCAUUGUUUGUUGAAAACAGCGCAAUAACAACUAUUACACAACCUCUUGUGUUGCUAUUAGAGAAAAUUUGCGAUUACGCUAUUGUGCCACCAUUUGUCAACAGGGAUUAUUUCUCCUAUGAAAAAUCAGACUUUGGCAGCUAUUCAGAAACAACACCCUAUGUUUUGAUUUUCUUUAACUCAUUUUUCCAUAACUUCAAAACUAACUGUGAUACAAGCAGCACAGAAGAAAAUCUUUGGAUGCUAGCCAAAUUAAUAUUUAAACUUGUUAUUGUGGUUGGUGGCAAUGUGAAUUGCCCCUUGUGGUCUUCAAAUGAAUGUGCAAAACUAAGCUCUCAGCUUAUGGAUACACUGAUGUCUACACUUAAAUGUGAAACAACAUGGGAUCUUUUGAACCUAAAAGCCUGUUACUUAGUAGACAAAAAUGAGAAGGAGACCUUGGUUGCAUCUUUUGUUUCAUUCUCCAACGAGCAUUUAUCCAGCGCUAAUUGGCAGAAAAAUCCUUUUCUUUCAGAAUCAUUUUCAUGGAUUAUUGAACAGAUUACAUUGCCAUACUUAAGUAGUUACAUUAACCAAGUCAUGGCAAUUUCACUGAGUUUCUUAGAUGAUUUUCAAGAUGUGAAUAAAAUUCGAGGUCUUCGCUGCUUGAUGCAUUUGAUAUCAAAUACAUCUAAUGAAGAACUAUGCUGGUACAAUCGUGCAGAUGUCAUUUACUCAUCACUUAAACAUCAAAUGUAUGUUAAAGAUGCUUCUGUUUUGCAAAAGCUAUUCCCUUGUUUAUUCACAAUUUUGAAAAUUGUUGAUAAAUCAGUUGACCUAAAGUAUCAUCAUGACCUACUGGAUGAACUUAUUAGAGACUCAUUAAGUGAAAACCUUCUAAUAUUACGUAGGCUGUACAUAUCUAACGUAUGUAGUCUGAUCAAGCAAGUAGGAGUUAGCUGCAUCUGCCAUUUAAGCAGACUGUUAAAAAUUGUAGAGCAGUUUUUAGAAACCGAGGAUGGAGAAGAUGAACUUGCCCGACUCGGUGCCUUACAGUUGCUGCGCAAUGUCAUUUUAUUAGCAUGGCCAAGAAUAUCGAAACACAGUAAACUAAUUCUGAAGGUUGUUUUGAAGCUGCUUGUUGACAUUAAUGGUAAAUAUUACUACGAUGGCAAAGAAACAUGUGCCCAGUCUCAAAUGAACGACUUAGCUCUAGAUUGUUUACGGUUGCUUAUCAAAGUCUGCCCCGACACUGUUGUUUGUUUGCAGCAUCCUGACAUGGCUAAAGGACUUCAUCAUGUAGCGAACAUUCUUGAAAGACUUAAAAUUGAUGCUUUUCCAACAAAUAUGACAUGAAUAAUUAUUUUAUACAGACAUUUCUGAACUGAUGUAAAAAUAAAUUGUUUAAAAUUCUAAUAAACUUCAGCUAUACAAACUUUACUUUGCCCACAGCCAUUAUUUUUCUCAGAUAAUUCUGUAAUACAGAUCUUUGAGCUUUUGUUCAUAAUUGCUACUAAUUCAAGAAAUCUCCACCUCUCACAGAAUUACAUAAAGUUAUUAGCUCAGUGUUGAAAGCUCAGUUGUAAAAUUGUUACCUUGAAGACUAUAAAUAUAGUGAUAACAUACAUUUCCAUAUUUCAACAGAAUUUAGAUAAUAUUUGGUUAAAAUACAGUUAUGUUCUAUUAGCUUAAUUUUUUUUUUUUAUCUCUAGAUAAAAUUUAUUGUCCUAUUAAUAUGCAUGAAAAUUUCAUUUCAUACCAGUAGUGAAGUUUAUUUUUUUCAGAUGAUUGUCAUGUAAUUUGAUAUUGUUCUGAUUAUUUAUUUUGUAUGAAAUUAAAAUGCUCUUAAUAAUGCCUAGAUGGGAAUAUUUGUAUGCACUGUAUUGAGUGAAUUUAUAGGUAAAAGAAAACAUAUUAGUUUGACAAUAAAUGUCUUAAAUGAAAUUGAUAGGCUAGGGAUGAAAGACUGUGGCAAAGAUUUUUUUUUGUUUGUUCAUGAUUGAAAUAUUUUGAGACCUUGAUGUAGACUAUUGCUAAAUAUACUUUUUUGUUAGCCUGAAAGAUAGAGAAAGUGUAUAUGUUGCCUUCGAGUAACCAUAGUUUUGAAAGGCAAGAAAUUGAAAUAAAAUUAAACAUCAUAAAUACCAA